GAAAGCGGGGCACUUUCAAGCGAGGCCUGGAAAGGAGGGAGGCCCAUCCCACCCACCGGGCGGCAGAGCCAGCCCCGUCCCUGGGGAGCCUCCUCCGGCUGCCAUUCCUGGAAGGAGGACCAAGUCCUGCUCGCCUCCCUCUCGGCCUCGGAUGGAAGAAGAGGAGGAGGAGGCAGGCCCUGCUCCCGCCUCAGGACGGCGAGUACAAACUGAAGAGGACUGCUGUACGUUUCACCACUGUGGAGAAAAAGGCAUUUCAACAGGAACUAGCUUGAAGUGUAAUGUGUGACGGUCACUGACAUCAUGGCAGCCGUUAGACAGAGAAGGGGAACAAAAUCCACAGAAGCGGUGGAAGAACAUCUAUCAGAAGAAAAGAGCUGGAAACUUAAUGAGAGAAUUGUACCUGGUGGAAAGCGUUGGAAAAAACUUUCGCCCCUCGUUGGUGGAAUUGUUGGCAUUUCCCUUGGAAUUCUCACUUCUGUUUAUGUUGCUACAUUGCAUGAAAAUGAUCUGUGGUUUUCCAACAUCAAGGAGGUAGAGCGAGAAAUUUCAUUCAGGACAGAAUGUGGCCUCUAUUACUCUUAUUACAAGCAGAUGCUUCAGGCUCCAUCCAUUCAAAUAGGUUUACAUGGCUUGAUUUAUGACAAUAAAACUGAGUCCAUGAGGACGAUUAACAUACUUGGAAGAAUGAAUGUUUACCAAGAAGUAUUUCUUAGCAUUCUAUAUACACUCUUUCAUGUGAAGAAUUUUUUAGAACCUGUUUAUUUUUAUAUCUACACGGUGUUUGGCCUUCAGGCAGUUUACGUCAUUGCACUUUAUGUCACCAGCUGGCUUCUCAGUGGAACUUGGAUUUCAGGUGUAUUAGCAGCCUUCUGGUAUAUCACAAACAGAAUAGAUACCACUCGGGUGGAAUUCACUAUUUCAUUAAGAGAGAACUGGGCACUACCAUUCUUUGCUGUUCAAAUAGCGGCAGUUACAUUCCUGUUCCGGCCUCAUUUACGGCCUACUCAUGAAAGGCUGACACUUACGGCAGUAUUUAUAUCAACCUUCCUUUUCAGUGUGACAUGGCAGUUUAAUCAGUUUAUGCUGUUGAUCCAGGCGUUGGUUUUAUUCACACUUGACUGUCUUGAGCUGCUUCCUAGGGGAAAGGUUACCUGGAUCUACAUGAUACAAGUGAUUAGUCUGCUUCUUGUUUGCCUCCUACAGUUCUUCAAUUCCAUGAUAGUAGGAUCACUGCUUAUAAGCUUUAAUAUGUCUGCCUUGUUAGCAAGAAAACUGCAGAAUCACCUGAAAACUGGAGGCUUGUUGAACAGGCUUGGAAAGCUUUUCCUCCAUGUUCUCUUAGUCCUAAGUUUGACAUUUCUUGGAAAUAAUUUUAUCAAGAAAGUUCUUAAUCUGCAGUCUGAUGAGCACAUCUUUAAAUUUCUGAAAGCAAAGUUUGGAUUUGGAGCAACAAGAGAUUUUGAUGCCAAUCUGUAUCUCUGUGAAGAAGCUUUUGGUCUCUUGCCUUUUAAUACUUUUAUGAGACUUUCCAACUCAUUAGUUUUCUAUGUCUAUGUAUUUGUUCUUUUUGUAAUGACCAUAAUUGCUGCUGUUACUGCUUUUCAAAAUCUCAGUGGUUCUGCAAACAUCAAACACACAGAAAGACAACAAAAGUGUACAAUACAGCUGAAACCUGGUGUUGCUUACAAUUUAGGGCACACCAUUCUGUUUGGAUUGCUGGCUUUAAGCACAAUGAGGAUGAAAUACCUUUGGACAUCCCAUAUAUGUGUGUUUGCAGCUUCUGGUUUAUGCAGCAGUGACAUGUGGGGGCUGAUCUUGAAAUUUGUUCAUCUGUACACACCACAGAGGGUUUCUGUGAUUAGAUAUUUAACAUCAAUGCUGAUAUUACUGUAUCUUUGUUACAAGUUCUGGCCUGGUGUGAUGGCUGAGCUGUCAGAGUUGCGAGAAUUCUAUGACCCAGACACAGUGGAGCUGAUGAACUGGAUUAAGACCAGCACUCCAAAGAAAGCAGUGAUUGCUGGAAGUAUGCAGCUUUUAGCAGGUGUCAAGCUGUGUACAGGCAGGGUUUUGACAAACCAUCCUCACUAUGAAGAUAAAAGCCUGAGAGAACGGACAAAACAGGUUUAUCAGGUAUAUGCUAAGAGGUCUCCUGAAGAUAUCCAUGGGAUUCUUAGGUCAUUCGGUACUGACUUUGUGAUCCUGGAGGACAGUAUUUGUUAUGAAAGAAGACACAACAGGGGUUGCAGGUUGCGUGAUCUUCUUGACAUGGCAAAUAAUCAUACUAUGGAUGGUCCUGGGGAAAAUGACCCUGAUCUGAAACCAUCGCCAUAUCCUCGGUUCUGUGAGGAAAUCAAAAGAAACAUGCCUUCUUAUACAAUGUAUUUUACUAAAGUAUUUCAAAACAAAACAUUCCAUGUAUACAAGCUUGUGAGACACAAAAAGACUGCAUAGUUUUUGCUCUGGUCACUGUAGAAAAAUUAUAAGAGUUAACAAAAAAUUGUUGUUGUUUUUUUAAAACAGGGUUGUAAACUAGUUUAUGUUUAUAUCAUAAUUACUGUGACAAUUCCCAAGGGUUUGUUUUGGUGACAUUUUUGUCAAGGAAACUUAUGAAUGAUAUGGGGCUGGUUCACAAAUGCCACUGGUUUGCUCCUACUGUGGAGUAACAAGCCUUUUUAUGUGUUCUACCAUACCACCCACAAUGUUGUUUGUGACUCUUUUCUUUAUGAAGGAUGCUUGAUGUGCAGAGAAGGGCUGUGAGCCCAAGACUUAUUACUACACCUAAUUCGUGAAGAGCCUAUUCACAAGGGCUUAUAUGAACCAACUGUAGUCUCUUCCUGAUCUAGGGCAUUCUGUUCAGGGUUCUGGCUCAUUAGUGUCAUCCUGAGACAUCACUGGCUUGUUGUUUUCUCUCCUUUUUCUUAGGCUGCUUUAGCAUUCUAGAUAUAAACACACUUACUUACUUUUACUUACUGGUCUCUUGGAUGUUAAAGCCAAGUAAGCGUGCUUAAUAGCAUAGAGUUAACUUUAACAGUCCAUAUCCAACAACUUUUGCUGCUAGAGCACAUAAGAUCAGAUUAAAGGGUUCUAGUGAUUUCCCCCAAUCCCACUAGGACCCAGAACUUGGCUCUGUAUUAGCCAUUACUGCUAUGAUGUCUUUGGUAACCUUCCCAAACACCCAGCUCUGUUUGCUUCCUACUCAACACAACACAGCUGGAAGGACAGUUGUUCUUUGCUUACGGGGUUGGAACUGCCAGUGUCCUAAUGACUCUUUUGAAGCUAAGGUCAAGGUAACACAAAAGAAUCCCCAUCAAUAGCUUGGAUUUAGCAAGUACUCAAACAUGAAUGUUUCCCUGGCAGGGACAGCUGUACUCCAGCUACCAGAAAACAGUUUUCUUUGCACUAUUGCUCAUCUUAUAAUUGAAUUUUUAAUGCCAGCUGCCAAUUGAUAAGCCUUCAGGCAAUGUUCUGGAUUUUGUAUGGAUGUUGUUACUGACAGUUAUAAUCAUCAUCCAGCAAACCUUCCCAGUAGCCUUUAAAGGCCUGCGUCCAUUGCCUGUACAGUAGCUCUUGUGCUCUACCACUUAGACUUGUGAGCCAGUAUUUGAGUUGUAUCCAUUAGUAGUAGUUGGUUUUACAGUCCUUCCACACUUGGUGAUGAAUUCGUCUGUGUGAUUUUAAGAAACUGAAGAUGCUGGGAGCAUGGUGGAUUAUUCUUCAUUCUGGUUUGUGUUGGGGGGGUUAUGUUGUAGCAUGCCGUAAUGUCUUGUAUUGCACAGUUUUUGAAAGGAGGUGUUACAGACAAAGCAAAAUGCUCCCAAUCCUUGUCCUGCAUGCAACAGUGAUCAAUUCAUGUAUCUCCCCCCCCUCCCCAAAUGUUUCUUAACAUAAGAAUAGGAAGCCCAGCUAAAUAGUGUGAUGGGGAUCAUUAAAAUUGAUAGGGUCUUUUGUGUUCUAAGGGAAUUUUUUUUCUUUGUUAUACAUGACAUAUUCAUUAAGUAUUCACCCCCCAAAAUGAAUACCUCUCACUGUUUUCUCCCGCCUUCCUUGUACAAAGCAAAACCCCAAAAUCAUAUAUCUUAUGUUGAGGCAAGCAGAGUUCACAUUUUUAUACAUUUUAAAUUUUUUAUGGAAGCUACCAACUUUUUAAUGAUGCAUUGUUUGAAAAGAAGCACUGUGAUAUUGUUUUUAAUGCUAAUUUUAACAUUUUAUAUGAGAUUUAGGGGCAGGGUGGUUUAGAAAGAUAACUUUUCCUGUCUUUAAGGAGUAACUUAACCAUUAUAGGCACAAUCAUGCUUUGGGACUUAUUCUACAUGGGCCCCAUUGGAACAAAUGGGACUUGAAUAAAAACAGGAUCCAUCUCUCAUUAAUUUAAACUUGAUUUGCCCAAGUGCAGUUCCCACUGGUCCAAAGUAAGAUAGUAAUCAAGUGUUUCUGGAAAACCAUAGAAACAUCUAUUGGACCAUGUUUGACCUGCUCAAAUAAUUCAGGCACAAAAAUGGUUACAAUUAAUUUCUAAUGAUGGGAAACUUGCAGGGCUUCAUCUAGCUUUCCCUAAAUUUAAUUAAACCAAGAUGUGUAAUGAGAUUAAAGUUCCCCAACUGAGCUAUGUUUUAUAUCCCAGUGAUUUAAACAUUUCCCCCCUCUGCAGUUGUUCCUGGGUAAAUUACUGUAGGGCUAGAUAUGGUUCUGUCACCCACACAGAAAAUAAUUUACAUUUAGGCGAGUGUUCAUUAAGUAACAAGCAUGAUCUUUCUGCACUUUCAUGCUGCUACCAAAAGGGAAGCGGGAUUUAAUCAACUUGCAUUUAAAUCAAACCAGGACGUGUGCCACGUUUUUGUUUUAAGCAAGCAAAGCCUCUGAAUAAUUUCUACUCUGUUUCUGUUAAUGAGGUUGGAGCCCAUUGUCAUUUCCACAUAAUACCAUAAUAAAACAUUUUAAUAAGCAGUAAAAGUUUAAUUAAACUGGUAGGUGUGCGUGCCUGGUGCGCGUGGGUCAGCAGAUUGCUUGGGGUGAGGGGGGUUUGCUGCUGCACACUAAUUCAGGAUAAGCACAUGUAAGAUACGGCACGGUUAGAUAAGGUUGCCCUAUUCUUUAAAGGCAGUGGGUGUAAUCUGCUGGCUCUAAAUGCACAUACUUUGAACAGUACUUUCAACCAGCUUCCACAGCCAUGACAAGUCAGCCCUUGUCGUUUUUAAGGUAGCUUGUGUGCAUGAUUUGACUUGAAAGUCACUACCAAGAUCACUGCGGGUCAAAAGAACCCUGACCCCAUGCAAAAAAUUUGUUGUCAUGCAGAGUCUGAUAAUGUCACGAUACAAAUCCAGGCAUGUUACUGGAACUGUUAAGCGCCAACCCACCAUGUCAAAUUUAUCCUUAAAUGUAAAGAAACAGUAUGUAAGAGAUGAGGCAAUAUCUUCUGGUGGACUAGAGAAAAUACUGGAAGCAGAUUUUUAAGUUGUACAGAACUCUUUGAUGGGCUUAGUUCCUGAGAGAGAUUGAGAGAUGAUCGUUGAUUGUUCACCUUGUUGCUGUUUCCAGAAUUGCAGAAGCUGAAGCAGCAUUAAGGGGGCUUAAAGGAGCUUUACUUAUAUUUGUCAUGUCGGCCACACUGAUUCACUGUGCCUAAUACCUGCAAAACAAUUUCAGUACUAUUAUCUGGUGAUUGAAGGACUUGAUGUUGUUAAAAGGAACUUGCUUCAAAAAAUAAUAUCAGGGUCACAAACAGCUUUUGAUGGGUUUCAUUUUCAUUUGUGCUUUGCUGCUGUAGGUACCAGUACUUCAUGCUUACAAGAAAGUGCCAGGGUCACUAGACUGAGACAGUAUUAACAGUCUAAACUGGAAAAGGCAGAGCAAGGCCAGGCCAGCUAUAUAGGAGAGUGAAGACGCCCAUCAGGUGAUGGAAAGAGCAGAUGAAGGCAGCAAUUGGUACUUGAAUGAUACAGCAAGGAUUUUUCUGAGUGUUAAUCCUAAAGGAAAGGAAAAAUCACUUCAGGCAGCACAGGAGUCAGUGGGGUCAGCACUGAGGCAGAAGACUCUUUUUAGAAAGAAGAGCAAAAGCAUUGAAAGUAGCACAGAACUGAUGAUUGAAAAGUAAUCUUUCUCCACAGAAACUUACUUUGAAGCCAGACAGAUAUACAGCAUAAGCCAGUGAAUGUUUCUUGAGGAGUAAGCAAACUCCACUAUGUGCAGGGGGCUUUGAGAAGUGUGGCUGUGAUCACACUCUUAGCCUAUCUUCAUAUGAAUAGGCAGCUCCUGUGUUCUUUAAUGCAAACUAGAUGGAUUCUAGUUCGACUUGACUCCUGGAUCACUUCCUUUUUCAAGUCUGGCCUCUCCAGGGCCUAAAAUGGCUCAGUUGUGAUAUUCCCCUCCCACAUAUUCUGCACAUUUCAGUAUACUUUUAAGACAAAGAAAUGAAAACUAUUAUGGAGUAGGUGACCUUCCAAGCUCCUCUUUGGGGUCCAGUGCAGUCCUCCAGCCCCUGAUAGCUGCCUCUGUUCUGAGAGAAGUGAUUCUCCACUAAAGCAAGAAUCAUCUGAGUGUGGCUGUGGGUGUGUUGAUAGGGAGGAUUUGUCACCAGAAUUGAGGGCUUUACACUGGUAUAAUGGGCUUCUAAUUGGUUUGCUUUUUACAGUGUUGUGAAAGAGGCAUCCAGUACCUUCUUAUACAUUACAUUUAAUUAGUUGCCAAAAGCACCUGGAUGGACUUCUGUUUCGCCUGGAGAAGAGAAGGUUAAGAGAUGACAUGAUAGCCCUGUUUAAAUACUUGAAGGGAUAUCAUACUGAAGAUGGAGAAAGUUUGUUUUCUGCAGCUGCAGAAA